UCACGUGGCGGACAUGGAUGAAGGUGAAGUGGAUCCUGGUCACGAGAGCACAUGCCGUCAAGCUUCACUCAUGAGCUUCCCUUGUUCCCACAUUUCGAGGCUAUUCAUACUAACACCUAUACUAUUCGGCGCAUCAACGUUCUCGACGAAGCCCACUGUCGCACUCCUCAACCUCGCCCUGCUGAGUCGAACUAACAUCUUCCAUCCAUCACGGUUGUUCGGGACCCUGUCACCACCUCCGCCACCGCUAAGAGCCGUUCCUGCCCACGAGGGAAUACCAAGCACAGAUAAAGGCUGGCUUGCAGAGCUUCCUGGUUCUUGCCGAUAGCACUGUCAAGAUGUCAACAGCAGCGCGACGGCGCCUAAUGCGUGACUUCAAGCGUAUGCAGACCGACCCUCCCGCCGGCGUGAGCGCCAGUCCUAUCGCCGAUAACGUCAUGACAUGGAACGCCGUCAUCAUCGGCCCAUCAGACACACCCUUCGAAGACGGUACCUUCCGCCUCGUCAUGCAUUUCGAAGAGCAGUACCCCAACAAGCCUCCAGGCGUCAAGUUCAUCAGUCAGAUGUUUCACCCGAACGUGUAUGGCACUGGGGAGCUGUGUCUAGAUAUCCUGCAGAACCGGUGGAGUCCGACGUAUGACGUGGCCGCUAUACUUACAAGCAUACAAAGCUUACUGAACGAUCCCAACACGUCGAGCCCUGCGAACGUGGAGGCAAGCAAUCUGUACAAGGACAACCGGAAGGAGUACACGAAGCGGGUACGGGAGACCGUGGAGAAGAGCUGGGAUGACUAGAUGCGCACCCACGGUGUAGCACGAGAGACGUUGAAACGUCAAUACCAUUACGAUAGAGGGCAAUGCGGUCAACGUGCGUAAUGUACAGGCUCGGCCACUUCAUAACAAUGAUUCGAAUGAUUGGGAUAGCAUGGGAGGAGCAUCGUGCACGAAGAAGGCUGCAUUCAGCGAGGUGUCUGGGUUUCGGCGCUGGUGGCGCUGACGUUGUACGUAUGCCUGCUUAA